CAACCCGUCUGAAGACCGUCUCCCAUUGAGGAAAGCGGGAUGACUCCACUGGAUGUUUUCAUCUUUCGCGAUUCUUUUCUGCAUGUCGCUUAGGACGACCCAGCGCUGGAUUUUUAGCCUGACAGCACAGACCACACUCCCACCUUUGAGGUGUCAACUCUGUUCUCAUCCCGGUGCCAUGCAGCUCAUGGCACAACGAUGUGGAAGGUAACUUAAUCUCCAGUCUCCUGCCCUCUGGCCUGGCCCAUGUCUGAGGAUAGCGAUCCGAAGCACUACCGGUACUCAAGCCUAGACGGGCGCGAUCGAAACCGGGAAAGGGUCGGCUUCCAGGUGGAGGAAGACCAGGGAAGCCCUUGUGGCUCCAUCAGCCAGCUUCACCGCAUGGCCAGCAGUUACAGCGAGGACUGUGGUGGGCGGGACGGGGUGGAACUGGAGCCGGAGCUGGGACUGCCAUCCGAGGGGAGCGACAGCAGCCACGAGCACCCGGCCUCUCCGAGCUCCAGACACGAUGACAGGAAGCGCCCGCGCCAGACUUUACACGAGGACGUAGAGAUGGGCGGCAGCGGCUCAAGCGGGAGUGGGACCGAGUCCCACGGCAACGAGUCCCACGGCAACGAGUCCCACGGCAACGAAUCUGUGGGUAGCUCCAAUGGAAAUGGCAAAGAUUCGGCUCUCCUGGAGUCUUCAGGAAGCAACAAAAGCUCCAACUCGCACAGCCCGUCUCCACCAAGCAGCUCCAACGCCUUCAGCCUGAUGAGCUCGGAACAGGACAACCCGUCCACCAGCGGCUGCAGCAGCGAGCAGUCUGCCAAAGCUAAGACACAGAAAGAGCUCUACAAGGCCCUCAAAGAGCUGAAGAUGCACCUGCCAUCAGAGAAGAGGAACAAGGGCAAGAGCAGCACUGUCAACACGCUCAAGUAUGCCCUGCGCUGUGUCAAACAGGUGAAAGCCAAUGAGGAGUACUACCAGAUGCUGAUGAUUAAUGACAGUCAGCCACCAGGAUUCGAUGUAUCUUCUUACACCAUCGAGGAAAUCAACAGCAUCACGUCGGAGUACACCCUCAAAAACACCGAUAUAUUUGCUGUAGCGGUGUCGCUCAUCACGGGCAAGAUUGUUUACAUUUCGGAUCAGGCAGCGACCAUCUUGAACUGCAAGCAGGAAGUAUUCAACAAUGCUAAGUUUGUGGAGUUCCUGAGUCCUCAGGACGUCAGCGUCUUCUACAGCUUCACCACGCCGUACCGCCUGCCCUCAUGGAGCAUGUGCACGGGAGCAGAGUCGUCUCCCACGGAGUGCAUGCAGGAGAAGUCCUUCUUCUGCCGCAUCAGUGGUGGGAAGGAGCACGAAGGAGACCUCCAGUAUUAUCCCUUUCGCAUGACUCCUUACCUGAUGAAAGUCCAGGACACCAUGCUGGCUGAAGAGCAGUUCUGCUGCCUCCUGCUGGCAGAGAGGGUUCACUCUGGAUAUGAAGCUCCCCGAAUCCCUCCAGACAAGCGGAUCUUCACCACCACACACACACCCAACUGUGUUUUCCAGGAUGUGGAUGAGAGGGCUGUUCCUCUGCUCGGGUACCUCCCUCAAGACCUGAUCGGGACCCCUGUGCUGCUCAACCUGCACCCGAGCGAUCGGCCUUUAAUGUUGGCCGUGCAUAGAAAGAUCCUGCAGUACGCCGGCCAGCCGUUUGACCAUUCCUCAAUUCGCUUCUGCGCGAGAAAUGGCGAGUACGUUAUGAUCGACACCAGCUGGUCAAGCUUUGUCAAUCCGUGGAGCCGCAAGGUGUCCUUUGUCAUUGGCAGGCACAAAGUUCGCAUGGGUCCUGUGAAUGAAGAUGUUUUCGCUGCACCUGCUUUCCAUGGAGGGAAGAUCAUGGAUUCAGACAUCCAGGAAAUUAGUGAACAGAUCCACAGGAUGCUGCUCCAACCGGUUCACAACAUGGGCUCCAGCGGCUACGGCAGCCUCGGCAGCAACGGUUCUCACGAGCAGCUGGUUAGCAUCAGUUCAUCCAGUGAGAGCAAUGGGAACGUUCCGUCAGGGAACACAACGGAGGAGACGGGGAAGAGCAAACCCACCAGGACCUUCCAGGAGAUCUGUAAAGGAGUCCACAUGUUGAAGAAUCAGGACUCCCAGGCCGGCCCGCAGCCCCUGUCUCCCUUACCACUGCCAUUCAAACCUGAGCAGAAGAAGGCAGCUGACACUUCUCAAAGGGGUUCAGCCAUGCGUGUGAGGGACUCUGUACCCGCCCUGCAGGCCAGAGACAGUACUGCAGCCAGCAUGGACGAGUUGCCCGGCAAAGACCACACGGUUUGCUCCUACCAGCAGAUCAGCUGCCUGGACAGUGUCAUCAGGUAUCUGGAGAGUUGUCAUAUCCCCAUCACAGUGAAAAGGAAGUACAAAUUCUCCUCAAACACCACCUCCUCCAACUCAGAUGAUGACAAGAAGGGCUCAGAGGAAGGCAUGCAAGUGCCUCAGGAUACGAAUGCAGAUUCUUUGAUACUUGAACCUCAGCCAGGCCUUUCAAACAUGAAGGCACCCAAGAAGCCCCCACCUGGAGCCGCAGGUGUGGUGGGUGGCCCCCUGGCCCCUCUCACUCUGCCGAGCAAGGCUGAAAGCGUGGUGUCCAUCACCUCGCAGUGCAGCUACAGCAGCACCAUCGUCCAUGUAGGAGACAAGAAGCCUCAACCUGAAUCUGAGAUAAUUGAGGACAUUGCAGAGAGCCCGGCUCCGCCUGCCCUGCCUGUUAGCAUGGUUUCUCCACCGAGUCAAGAGAAGGAGGCCUACAAGCGGCUGGGACUGACCAAGCAGGUGCUGGCGGCUCACACCCAGAAGGAAGAGCAGGCCUUCCUGAACCGCCGCAGAGAGCUCCGCAAUGCCAGAUAUUUCCAGAAGGACUGCUCCACCUAUCUGCACAAGCAGAGGUUCCCGAUCAGUGUUGAAGAAUCACCUGAACCUCGAGGUGCUGUCAAGCAAUGCGCCGCACGGCCAGAGACGACGGCCAGGAAGGGCAACCGCAACCGGAAAUCCAAGAAGCCACGGAUGAAGCAUCCGGACUCAUCGGACAGCGCCGUGUCCAACCGCAAACCGCGGCCCCCCCUCCAGGGUCUCAACCAGACCUCCUGGUCCCCAUCUGAAGCGUCCCAAUCAGCGUUCAACGUCUCCUACCCCAUGGUGCCUGGAUACCCGCUCUACCCCGCUACGUCCGCGGCUCCAGCUCAGGCCUCGCGUCCGGACCCGUCUCUCUCCACGGGCUUUGGAGACGGACAGAGCAGCCAAGGCCCGCCCGCUACGACUCCAUUUCCCGCACCUGUUGUCACACCCGUCGUGGCUCUGGUGCUGCCCAAUUACCUCUUCCCUCAAAUAGGACAGUUAGGCCAGAUAGGGCAGCUGGCGCCCGCACAAAGACCAACGUUUUUCCCUGAGCAGGCCCCGGCUCAAGCCGCGUACACGGCCCCCCAGCAGUUUCAGCCGACGCAGGCAGCCUACGCAAUGCAAGCGCAAGCUUCCUUCACCAGCCAACAGCCAUUCCCCGUGCAGACGGCCUUCGCCACUCAGCAGCCAUUCCAAACCGCUCCCUCCCCGUUCAGCACCCAGCAGCCUUUCCAGGCCCCGCAGACUGCCUACACCGCUCAGCAGCCCUUCACUGCCCAGUCAUCUUUUCCGGUGCAGACUCAGUUUGUGACGCAGUCCCCGUUCCCCACGCAGCCUUUCCCCUUCAGCCUGGCCAACGACGUUCCCAAAGCCACGGCCGUGGAGCCCCGGGAGGGCCCGGCGUCACGAUCCACCACCCCGGCGUCAGGGCCGCGGGAGCCCGCCACGUCGCCGCCGCUGUUCGAGUCACGCUGCAGCUCGCCGCUGCAGCUCAACCUGCUGAGCAUGGAGGAGGGGCAGAGGUCGGUGGAGCGUCAGGACAGCAUGCCGCCCUCCGCCGGGGCUCAGGGAAGCACCUCGGCUGCAGUGUCUGGAUGUGCAGGGGAGAAGACGGCCAUGGCCGAUCACCAAGAGGUGGACUCUCCAGAAGAUGCGGCUCUCAGUGACGCCAACUCUUCAUCCUGCGACCUGUUGGAUAUACUCCUGCAGGAGCAGGAGGACUCCCAUUCUGGUACUGGAUCAGCUACUUCAGGCUCCAUGGGGUCCGGAUCAGGAUCAGGAUCAGGAUCAGGCUCGGGCUCGGGGUCAGGAUGCAACGGCUGUGGUACCUCAGCCAGCGGAGCAUCUGGUAGCAGAACUGGGAGCAGCAACACCAGCAAAUAUUUUGGCAGCGUUGACUCUCUGGAACAUGACCCCAAGGUCAAAGCCAAGAUGAGGGGCGAAGGAGAAUCAGAAGGGGGCAAGUUGCAAGUGAAGGUCUCCGCUCAGGGGGAGGGGGAGCACUUCAAGUAUGUCCUGCAAGAGCCACUUUGGCUGCUGAUGGCCAACACCGACGACAAAGUCAUGAUGACAUAUCAGAUGCCGUCCAGGGACAUUCAGCGAGUGCUGCGAGAAGACAAGGAGAGACUGAGACAGAUGCAGAAGAGCCAGCCUCACUUCACUUCAGACCAGCGGCGAGAACUUAUCGAGGAACACCCCUGGAUGAGGAGGGGAGGUCUGCCUGCAGCUAUCAAUGUCAAGGAGUGUGUGUACUGCGAGGACGCGGCGGCAGAGCCCAUCGAGGACGACCUUCCAGACAUGGAGAUGGGCGAGCUGGUGGAGGAGCCCAGUCAGGAGAACCAGAGCGAACCGCAGCCUCAGCCGGACUCGAAUGGCUCCUGAACUGUGAGCGCGCACUCACUGGCGGCCACCAGGGGGCGACGUUCACCAGCUGAGAACUAUCAGGAUCCUGCACAUGCAUUAUGGAUGUGAGACAAAACAGCUGUGUGCCUGACCGUCCUGACAAAACACACAUUCACACACACACACACACACACACACACGCACACACACACAUGCUGAGUGCAGGUGUAUACCGCCAGUGUCAUGGUCAGGAAAACACCUCCUGCCACUGUGUUUAUAGCCGUUUGUGUGUGUGUUGAAUGUGGGACUGCUACUGGAGUGCAUUUCUAAAUGCACCCCUACAGGGGGCAGUAGUUCUUUAUGGGGGUUGUGUUUGCAUGACCUACAUACUUUCCUUUGGCCACACAUACACACUCUGUCAUUCUCUGUCCCUGGAAAACCUUGGCUCAGAUUAUUUUAUUUAAAUAAAUUCCACCUUUACUGGAGGUGGAGCGCUUAUACAGACAUAGUCAUGCUUAUAAAUAUUUGAUUUUUAUGAAAAUGUUAUUUGUGUAAGAAAGCUGUCAUGGAUCUUUUUUUGUCAUGUCAUUGAGAAGCAGUCCAGCGCGCUCGCCCAACACAGUGCUCUUGCUUUCUAGAAUUACUUCUCGGGCUCAUGCAACGCCUUUCAAAUCCCACAACUACAGCUAUUUCCUCCUGUCGUGUAGUAAAGCUGUGGCGCUCACUGGGCCAUGAAAGCCAGGUCAAAAGUGGAAGGAGCUCAUUUUCUGAAUUAGUUCAGUGUUUUUGUAAUGGAAUACAGCCAGGGGCUCAGCUGCAGUGGUGGUCGUUGACUCAGUAGCCAAGAGAGUGACAUGAAGGCCGACUCUAGCUUUCUUCUAAAGCGACAAUCUAGUGAAAGCCGUUCAUUUAUCUGUCUAAUUUAUUUUCUCCUACAUAAAUAUAUCUAAAGCAGAUUUAUUUUUCAAAAGCUAAAGCCAAAUCAGUCCAGUUCAGAUUUGAUAUAUAACCUAUGACAUGAAACUGUGCGAAAUUUUUAAGGUGCAGUAUGACUUCUUCUUUAUUUUUUCAAGAAAAAAAGAUAACAAAAAAAAAAAAGAAAGAAACAGUCAGGCAUCUUGUCAAGCCUGUCCUCGACAAAAGAGUGAAAACAACCACGUCUGAAGGUUUUGGUGAGGCUAAGAGAAGGGCCGAGGGCAGACGGUGGUGACCUCACAGUGACUCAACACUGCCACCAACCGCACAAAGGUGGUUUUACAUUUAUCUUUCAUAGUGUAUCACAGAUCAAGAAGCUGCUGCUGAAAUACAUUUAUUUUUGUAACCUUAAACGAUCUUAACGGCAACAGAAAUUAGACUUAGAUGUAUGUUGAAGCGAGGUCAUUUGGUUUUUCAAAACCACAGGUUAACUUGAAACUCUGAAAAUCAUCGUCUGUAGGGUUUGUUUCUCACCGGCAGUUUGUAUCAUAGAGUGACAUGUGGUUUUUGAAGAAGAACCCACAAAACAUGUAGAAACUGUUCAAUAAUGCUAUCUUUCUGUUUAUAAAAUGCAGCUUUCCAACACGUGCAACUCUUAAAAAAAAAAAACAUUUGAGCUCUUUCAGUUAUUUCUGCAUUAUGCAAAACUACAGUGUCGACAAUUGCACAGUUUCUGAGGAUUUUCCUGUUAUCUAUUGAAAAUAUAUCUAUAUUUAUAUAUAUAUAUAUUCACCGUAAGUGGAUUUCAAAUCCUAAAUCUGUGCAGGUGUGUUUGAAGCAGUACCGUGAAAGCUGCUGGUCAGAGCAGUGUGUAACACUGAGGUCAAUACUGAGCAUCAGCUGCUUGUGUCCGCAGUGCGAGAAGGA